AUGAAAGAUAGUCCUUCGGUGUACUAUAUUCAUUGUUUUGCACAUCAAUUGCAACUAACACUUGUAGCUAUUGCUAAAAAACAUGUGGAAGUUGAAGACUUUUUUUAUUAUGUUACUAAUGUGUUGAAUGUUGUUGGAGGAUCUUUUAAACAUCGAGAUUUACUUCGUCAUCACCAAGCCGAAAAUUUGAAGCAAUUACUUGAGUUCGGUGAAGCUCAUACUGGAAAAGGAUUAAAUCAAGAGGGUGGGCUUCAAAGACCGGGUGAUACUCGUUGGGGAUCACAUUUCAAAACAUUGGAUAACUUUCUUGUUAUUUUUUCAUCCAUUGUUCAUGUGCUUGGAGUGAUUGAAAUUGAAGGUUCUACUUCAAGUGAUAGAAAUCAAGCGGAAUAUCUUUUGACAAAGCUUAAUGAGCGUUUUGAUGUAGUGAGUAGUGAUUUGCUUCUUGGGAUGGGUAGCUUGAAUCCUGUCAAUUCUUUUUCUAACUUUGACAAAGGUAGAAUCAUGACUUUAGUAAAGUGUUAUCCAAAUGAGUUUGAUGAUGGAAAGCUUCGAGAUUUGAGUUACCAACUGGAUACCUUCAUAAUUCAUAUGCGAGGUGGUAAUUUCAAGUUCUCCAACUUGCAAGGAAUUCAUGAUUUGGCAAAGCAUUAG